UCAAAGAUCAGUUUUAAUAUGGGUUCCCUUGGCAAGGAAGUAGCCACCGAGAUUCUCCCUUUCAUCCGGGUUUACAUGGAUGGUUCGGUUGAACGACUGGCUGGCUCUCCCAACGUCUCUCCAUCAGCUGAAGACCUUGAAACAAAAGUCUCAUCGAAAGACAUCGCAUUUUCAGAAAAUCCCCCAAUCUCAGCUAGAAUUUACCUACCAAAACAGGUUGGACAACACCAAAAAGUUCCCCUCUUAGUCUACUUCCACGGUGGAGGCUUUUGUUUUGAAUCCGCUUUCUCAUUUGUUGAAACCAAGUACAUGAACAGCUUGGCUUCCCAUGCCAAAGUUGUUGUUAUUUCGAUUGAGUAUAGGCUAGCUCCCGAACAUCCCCUCCCCAUUGCCUAUGAGGACUGCUGGGCUGGUCUCCAGUGGGUCGUUUCUCAUUCUGGUGAUUAUGUUAUAGAUAACAAGGAACCUUGGUUAUCCACUUAUGUUGAUUUUGAUCGAGUUUAUGUUGCUGGUGACAGCGCUGGAGCUAACCUUGCUCACAAUAUACUGAUGAGAGCUGGCUCAGAGGCCCUGAAUGGUGGUGUUAAAAUUACAGGAGCUUUUCUAACACACCCUUAUUUCUGGGGUUCAGAGCCAGUUGGUUCUGAGACUAAGAAUGUGGAAGAACGAGGGAAGCUCCCUACAUACACGAUCUGGCACUUAGUGAAUCCAGAGGCGCCUGGAGGAAUUGAUAAUCCAAUGGUGAAUCCAGUGAUUCCAGGGGCUCCAAGCUUGGCAGGACUAGGAUGUUCUAGGUUACUUGUUAGUGUUGCUGAAAAGGAUAUGCUGAGGGAUAGAGGGAUUCUAUACUAUAAUGCAGUUAAAGGGAGUGGGUGGAAUGGAGAAUUGGAGUUGAUCGAAGUUGAAGGGGAAGAUCAUGCGUUCCAGAUUUUGGUUUAUGAGUCUGAGAAUGCUAAGAAACUGAUCAAACGCCUGGCUUCUUUCCUUGUCUAGGACAAAAUGAAUACAAUUCAAUUGUGCUAUAUGUCAUGGUAUGCUGAAAAUUAAGCAUAUUGAUGUGCCUUCUUUUUUCUUUUUUGUUUUUUUUAGAGAUAUUUUGCCGGAAAAGAUGCUUAAUUUGUAACAAUAGUAAGUACUUGACUUUCAUGUCAAUUAUUGAACAACCUUUAAUCGAAUCAGAUACUCCUACCUCAAUCUCAAUGUGAACGGAACACCUAAAAUGAUUAUGAUUCCCUUAGGUGCUUAAUUCAAGGCAAUUAUAUUUAGAAUAAUUUAUCCUAAAACUAUCAAGUGUGACCUGUUGAUUUUUUUCCGGUUGGGUGAUUGGAUACUUGCUGUGAGGUUGAAGGGAUUGACAUGGAUGAUGACUAUGACUUGUCAGAACAUUUGGGGGGCAUCAGAGAUACUAUUCCUGGGUGUGUUUUAAAGCUAGAAGUCAGCAGUAUGCACAAGGGAAUAGGAGAGGAAGAGGAAGGAGUAGGUGAGAAAAAGUUAAAAGAGAAUGUAAGAUUAAUAAUGGACUACUUGUGGCCUUAUCUUAUUAAUUAUACUGAAUUUUUGUUGACGUGGCCAAUUAAUUGAGGUGAUCGUUAACAUAAUGGCCAAAAUAUUAACAGACGAUCAGGGUAUAAAGUAUUACCAAACAAAAAAAAUUAAGAUUAAUGGACACCAAACUUCCAACAGAAAGGUGGAAUUGGCUAUUUUCUUCAAUAAACAAGUGAAAAUAUUAUAUCCGUUAUCCCUCAACUAUUGCACAUUCUUUUUGAAGAGAGUUGUGCAGCCAUCACCCGA